AGACUUACGUGUAUGGACUACGAUGUCUUUGCUUUACCGAAGGAGCAUAUUAAACAAAAAAAUCUAUGGGAUCCAGUCGCCAUUUUUCAAAAAUAGUAAGUUUACGCGUUGCAAAUUUGAACUUUAAGUGAGUUGUUUUUUAUUAGUGACUUUUCAAACAAUUUGUUGUGUGAGAUAAAAAUGAGUAACUCAACGUCAACACCUUCAUUUGCGUGCUCUCGUUGCUUCGCCAGGCAUCCGUUUGAGGAAUUAUCUCCAGGUGAACAGUUGUGCAAGGAAUGCCGAGGAUCAUUCCCGGUCGUCAAGUGCACAUACUGUCGCUCAGAAUUUCAACAGACAAGUAAAUCGAACACGUCGUCAAUAUGCAAGAAAUGUGAAGCUAACGUCAAAUCAUAUGGAAAGCCUACUGCCUGUGAAUAUUGUAAUAUUAUUGCAGCGUUUAUAGGAAACAAAUGUCAGCGGUGUACCAAUUCAGAACGUAAAUAUGGACCGGCGGUUACAUGUGAACAAUGCAAGCAAAGAUGUGCUUUCGACCGACACGAUGACAGUAAAAAGGUUGAUGGGAAAUUACUCUGCUGGCUCUGCACUCAGUCACUCAAAAGGGCGCUGGCUCGAACAAAGCAGCAGUUAUCGUCUGUUGAUAAACACAAGCACAGGUCUCACAAAUCCAAACAUGGCCACAAAGAUAAACGCAAGUCCGACAUGAUGAAGUCGAUGAACUCUGGAGAUUUGUCGCUGGACUCGCAGCCUCUCGAGAAAAAAUCGAAAUUGAAUCCAUUACAAGGUGAAUUGGAUCCAAACAGCUCAGACCACGUCGUGGCGAUGACGCAACUUAAAGAAACUAUCGCUAGUUUACAAAAGAAAGUUCAACAAAAGGACAUGGAGCUAAUGGCGAAGGAUCGUCAGAUAACUGAACUAAAAGCACAACACCUAAACAAUACGACCGAGAUGCGCAAUGACAUGAAAAAUAAAGAGCGUCAAAACGAGACAAAGUUCAACAUGAUGAACACAAAGAUACAGAACCUGUUGAAGGAGGUGGCCACGCUCAGCAAGUCGGCCAAGAAGAACAAGGGCGCCAGGGCCGUGCUCGCCCACGCCGCAGAGAACAGCGGCAGCGGCACCGACAGCCCUAGCACCAACUAGACCGACAGACUAGACCAGCGGUCGGGGAACCGCGGUAAAUUACCCCAAACGGGGUAAAAUGACAUUUUGGGGGGUAAAAAUGAAACUUUUGUGAGUAAAAAGUAUAUUAUAUUCAAGUGAAACUUCUUUAGAAUCGUUAAAUUUUUAGUUAUUCCUUUCUUUUCAAAGUUAUCAUGGGGGCUAUAAUAUGAAAGAUGCUAAAAAGAAGCGAUUUCGUUUUUUUUUGUUCUUGGCCAUGGGGUAAUAUCAACUUACACAAAAAUAUUUUGGGGUAAUAAUUAAGAAAGUUCCCCGACCGCUGAACUAGACACGCGCAGCCAUCAGACGGAAAAUCAUUUUUCCUUUUAUUUUUUUACUCUACAAAUUUUUUAUUUGUAGACCUUUAUAACGAUAAGCGUAAACUAGAUUUCAAUUUCUGACGUUUCAAUAUUAUUCUAUGUAGCGAUUUGUUAACGUAGGUAUUGUAUCGUUUUUUUUUACCAUUUUACACAUUCAGUAGGUGCGUAGUAGAAUUACGCAAUAUUAAUUUAUUUAUUAGUGAUAAUAAUAAAUGAAUGUAAGUUGAAUUUGUUAAAUGAAUGUAAGUUGUAAGUUGUCAUUAAUCGACAUUGAAAUGUAGAAAUAUUAAAAGAUUAACUGUAAAAAUUAUAAUUUAUCAUUGUAUGUUUCUUGUGUCAGUUAAAGUCUAAAAUUAAACUUUAAGUAUUCUUUGUUCUAAAUUACAACGUAAAUGUAGCUGAAAUAUUUUUUAUAAAACACCAUAAGGCGUCUGUCUCAUCAUUUCCAAUUUAUAUUUCAUUGUUUUUGUAUAAUCAUACAUAAAAUCAAACAUUAAACUUCGACUAAUUCUAAUUCAAGUUCGUUACAAAACAAAAUCUUAUUAAUAAAAUCAUAAGGUAAUCAGAAUAUUUAUAAAUCUUAACAAAUAAACGGAAUUGUUCAAAAUUUACAGAUAGAACAUUAAUUAAAAUUAAACAAAUGCUAACAAAAAAAAUGAUUUGUAAAUAAAAAAUUAAAAACGUGCUUCUUUGAAAAUCCCGCUAAAAAGUUCUGGAAGGUGUCGUUUAACAUUAAUGACGUCACGCUAUCGACUCAAGUACAUACAUUAUUACUCUUUCCUGAGACCGACCCGAGGCGCCCUCACUAUUUUGUGCCGCUGUAACUUGAUAUUAAAAGUGCUCACAAACUAUCGAUAUCGAAUGUCAGUUUAUUGAUUUGCUUAAAUCAUAUAUUUGAAAUUUUAUUUUCGGUAUCUUGAACACACUUUUUAGUGUAUUUAUUACAUUUUGAAAAUGUUAGACCAUGUUUUAAAAUUAAUAUGAUUAGUAGUGCGUUGUAGGGCGUAUUGUAAGCGCACACGGGUACGUACCAUCAUUCUGUAUGCUUGGAGUUCGAACAGUUUCCCUUCGUUUGCCGUUAGGGGCGCUGUUCCAACUCCAUAGAAAUUUGAGUUAACUUUUACGCGAUCGAGAAGUUAAAGAACUCGCACAAAACACACUGCUCCUUAACGCCGCGAAGCAAUCGUGCGUUUCAUUUUGAAGGGUGAGCCCUUAAAUAAUAUAAGCGAAACUUUAACUUCAUGUUUCAAGGAGGUGGACGAUGGCAUUCAUGUUAUGAUGUCAAUGGGCUCCAGCAACUACUUGAUACCAGCAAUGUGCCGUGCCGUCAGAUUUUUCAUACAAAUUAGCAAAAUACAGGGUGUUUAUGAAACGUUCAUGAAAACAAAGAUAAAGAUAAUAAAGCGAAUAAAAUCACAUUCGAAAUUUUAAAAGCUGAGAUUAUUUUCACAAAUUAUGUAGAAAUUACUAAAGGAUUUUGGAAAAAAAGUACCUUAAAAAAAUCAUUAACUUAAAAAAACACAAAAAUCAAUGCUAAAUUCACAGAAAAAUAAGUUUCAAUGGUAAAAUAUGAUUAUAUACAUGAGCGCGCUAAGACACGUCCGUACAUAUCGAUACCUAAUAUCGAUAAUCAAACUGCGCAAAUAGUCGGCAUUGUGACGCUCAGCACUUUAUAUGCAUUAAUAGAGAGUCGAUCUGUCGACGGUUCGCGUUCAAAGGGUUAAAUAUCACUAAUGUUUGUACACCUCUCGCAAUGGAACAAAGUUUAAAAUAACGCGCUGGUCAACGGUCUCGAAGAAGUGUACCUCUAUUAUUGCUCCUUAACGAAUGUCCUACGAAGUCCACAAUAUUUCCUCUUAAUAUUCAUUUACAAAACACAAACGCUUCAUAAAGAGUUAUCGAAGCUUUUUAAACACGUCAUACGAAUACUGUCAGAAAGUUGUAUACGUGUGGUCUUAUUCGUUUUAGUUUAUUCGUUCCCUGUCAAUUUAAAUAAGUAGUUUAUUUUCGCUUUGGCAACAAUUAUUGUUGCACUCUGACACAUUACAAUACGAAUAUCAAUGUAUUCACUAAUAUUCUAAAUUACAAAAAUAUUUUUUUAACAUUUGUCUUAAUUGCGGUCUAUCUAUAAGAUUGGACAUUACCAAAAUAUUUUCCACAUCUUCAUCAAGUGACCAUGAGUUUCAGAGCAAACUUUAAUAUUUUUAUCUUAUUCAUUUAGUACAAAAAUACACAAAAAUUGCUUAGUGAUGAGCAGCGUUGCCAUUAGAAAAGAAAUAGUCUGUAGUCUAAAAUGAAUUUCACAAAAGCAAGCUAACAUUUAAAAUUGUUUUAAUAAAAUGUACAUUUUGUAAUAAAGAAGGCGAAUUUUUGUUAAGUUGUCACGAAUUAUGGGUAAAGGCAAUUCCAACAGUCAUAGCAUAUUAUGAUGAUUGCACUCCAACGAAAACUUUUGCUUUGUCAAGCAAUGACUUGUCUUGAGUAAUUUAACAAUUUGUAGGUGUUCAAUUAAUGUAGAUUUUAUGUUAUUUUUUAUACAAUUUGUAAAUAUAUUUUUUUACUUCUCGUAAAUUGUAAACGUGAAAUUCAAAUCAAGCGAUUUAUUUUCCUUGGACAUCAUUAUUAUUACUACUACCAUAUCGAAAAUAAAACAAUAAUUAGAUAUUAUAUUAGAAUGUACUUAUAAUAAUUUAAAACUAAUUGUGUUUAUUCUGAGAAUUUUGUAAUUUGUUUUUGCAUCAUAAAUAUGAAUGCAAAAACUAAACGUCUUACUAAGCAAGUCUAAUGUAAUUAUCCAUAGAAAUGUAUUCAGGGUAGAUAAUAUUUUUAUUUAAUGUUUUUUUCAUAAGUUGAAGUCAAUGUUUUUUUAUACGAACCGCUGAUUUUUUAAAUAUCAGAUAAAUGUUAUCCAUCAAGCAAGUUACAACAUGACCAAAUAAAAAUUGAAAUAUUUAAAUUACUUUAUUUACACAACUGUGAUUUUGUUUAAUUGUAGAAUUAUCCUAUUAAAAACUACAUCUGAUGAUUGAAAAAUCAAGACUAAUACAAUAAUGUGACAUGUAACAGCAAAUAAUAUCUAUGUAAGCUAAUAUUUUGAUAAGAAUUUCAUAAUCAUGAAUAAUUAUUCUAAUUAUAAAAUAUUAUAAACAACGCCUGAUGUAUGUUGUGGCGUCAUUUCAAAUGUUUGAUCAGAAUUUAUUUAGAACAAACAAUGUACGUUUAAAUGUCAUAGUCGUACUACGAUAAGGUAUAUCAAGAAUUGUUUUGUAUAUUUGAAUGGAGCCUUAACUAUAAACCGCACACUUCUUAAAGUUCAUUACAACCGAAAUGUAUGUUUGAACAUUUGUUGUAUGCUCACGACGGAAUUAUCUUGUCUUUGUGAUUAUUUAAUGUUCACUUCCGUGGUGUAAUUUAGGAUUACAUUUAGAAAAUUUAAACAUUUGUCUGUAUCUAUGAAAGUGCUCAACAAAUUAAUACCAAACAUCAUAUCAUGAUAAAAAUAAUAUUAUAUAUAUUAGAUUACUAAUUUGACAGUUAAAUCAGUAAAACUUUUUUUUAUUAAAUGAUAUCCUUUGAAAAAAAAAAAAUUGUAAGAACACUAAUAACAAUAAAAAAGGUUUUUAUUCUACUAAAUACUAUAUGAUGAUAAAAUUAUAAUAAUAUGGUACAAAAAAUAAGGUACAAAAACUAAGGUACAAAAACUAUGUAACAAGAGCUGUCUUGAAAAUGCAAAUAGUAAAUGUGACAAAUUUUGUACCAAGAAAAUACCAUAAAAAUGCCAUAAAUUAUAAUUCAAGUUUCAGUAGAAUCAGCUCGAGAAACGCAACAUUGUUUGUCAAAUAAAAUAUUACAGGUAUUUAAAAAUUUAAUUAUGGCUUUAGUAAAAUAUCGAUUUUAAUCAUUGGAUAUUAAUCUGAAAAUUAUUAUUAUUCGAAUAUUAUUGAUUAAUAUCGUGAUGCAUCUUGUUACAACAUUAUUAUCGACGCCGCGAAGAAAGAACAUUGUGCCACCUUUUUAAAUUAAAUACAGAACCUAUUUAUUUGAUCAAUAAAUCGAGAGGACAUAGCAUGGCGCCGAAAAUCGAUAUAAUUUAAUGAGAUGAUUUAAUUUAGUAUUGGACGGCGUGGUUUGUAUAGUAAAUCAAGUAAAAUAUAACUUUCGAAUUAAACGAGUUUCAAUACUUAAAACCUACAGUAAACGUAUCUUCUCAAAUGCUCGUACAUAUAUUAAUGAAUUACUUACCUCAGACUGCUGAAAAAAUUCGCUGUAAGAAAAUUAAUUUAACGAAGCAGUUCGUAAAAUUAAGAAUCGUUUUUGUUAUUUUAGUUUUUAUCGCCUAAUAGUUUAGUUGCCUCCCUGUAGACCCCCGCCCUUAGUAUCAUUACCAUCAAUCAUCUUAAUGAAACAAUAAACAAAUGUAUUGAUUUUGGUGGCUGUGGUAUCAAACUAUUUUAUUAUUUAUUGAGAAGAAACUGGGUCGAACCUUACGUAUUUAAGAAAAUCAAUUUACAUUUUGCAAUGUUGUACUCCGCCGACGAUAUGAUAUUGAAUCAAUUCUCUACUUCAGUACAUGUAAAUAAUAUCGUUUAAUUCAACACAUUUCAUUUAUUUUUUUACUUGAAAAUAAUAAAAUUAAUUUUUCAUAUCAAAUUAUGUCUCUUAAUUGUAAAAUAAAAUAUUUGAUUUUUAUACUAUAAUAUAUUCUGACACAAAAUAUAGUAAUUGUUAGUAUCGUGAGAAAAUUCGUUUAGAUUUUGAAUUAAUCGUAAGCGUCACAUUUUGUAGUUUGUAAAGUAGUUUUUAGAGUAAGGUAAUGAUUCAAGUAGUUAACCAUCGUCAAGUUAUUUGUGUGUAGUUUACAAAAUAAAAAUAUUUUAAAAAUGUUUGCGCUGUGUCAUGUAGCGUAUGUAAAAUACUUUCCUAGGCUCACUAGGGUUUGAACUAAAACAAUCGAUCAAAUUUAAUAUUAACAUAAAUUAGUCAUAGCGUAUGUUUUUGUUAUUUUGUUGAAUCAGUUGUGCUCAGUUUCGUGUCACACACACAGUUGACACGAAGCUGUCAACUAAUUAUGUACGUUAGCGCACAUUUCCUGGUUUGGUUUCUUUAUUAGGAACUAGCGACCCGCCCUCGCUUCUCUUCGGAAACUGUAAUUUAUUAUUGAUUUCUCUCUCCACUAUUUAAUGGAUGUUAUUAUACAUAUAAACCUUCCUCUUCAGUCACUCUACCUAUUAAAAAAACCGCAUCAAAAUCCGUUGCGUAGUUUUAAAGAUUAAAGCAUACAUAGGGACAGACAGAUAUAGGGACAGAGAAAGCGACCUUGUUUUUUAUACUAUGUAGUGAUACCGAAUUUUGACAUCACAUCUAUAGAGGAUCCGAAGAUUUCCUCGAUCGAAAAGUAAACCCACAAAUUACCAUUCGGAAUUCGUGAUGCGGAGACUUAAAAACCAAAGUAUCCGACAGGUCUAAAUGGAAGUCUCAACAUUAGAAGUAUAAGGUCAUGAUUUUAACUUAGACAAUUAUAACUGGUCCACUAUAGGUGUUUGUGUAACAAUUUCUGGAUAUUAUUUCUCGAAAUAAUUGAUUUCAUGAAAAAGACAAAAUUUUACACGAACCCGUGUAAAUAGAAAUUUAGCAAAAACCAGAUCCGACCUUGUAAUUCUACUGUUUAGAAAUAAUUAUUAUUCUUUUUUCAUAAUUACACUUAAACCUGGUCGACGUGCCCAAACUGUUUUGUUAAUUAUCAUAUACGUGCGAGUAGUAAUUCGUUAUAAUUAUUUUCUGGCCGCCGGAGAGAAUGUGAUCGAUUAACUAAAAUUUAGGGCAAAUUUGCAGUAUUUUGACAAUUAUUUAAAAAAAUAUAUACAAAUGAAAUGCCCCUACAGAGUUACAUUAUCUUUCAGCGGCCGGACAAUACCAUCAUUAUUUUUUACUUUGAUAAUAAUAAGUGUAGUAAUAUUAGGAAUAAAAAAAAAUUAAAUAAAUACGGAAAAUGCAAA